AUGCUCAUCCGUGGAGCCGCUCAAUUCAAGGAGGCUCUCUUCAAUGGCAAUCCAAUAGCUGUUGCAACAGUGGGUGUUAUUGCGUUCCUUCUUAUAACAUUGGCUGCGCGAUGUAAGUAUGCGGUCCGGUCAUCAUUUCCAGAUAGCAAGCAGAGCACAAGCAGGCGUCGCCACAGAGCUCCCGUGGGAUCAAGUAACUCUCCUACGAAGCAAACCGCUUCAACAACUCCGCCAGCGCAGCCCAAGAAGCAGCCCAAAAAGAUAGAAUGCGAAACAGCAGCUUCAUCGAACGCGUCUGUUGCGAAGACAAAGGAAGAAUCACAACCGAACCCUCUGCAAUUAAACGAGCAGCCUGAAGACGACGGUGGAGACUGGCUCGUUGUUGCUAGCAAGAAGAAGCCUAGACCGAAGAAGGCUUAA